AUGACCACGACGGCUACGGCGACCAACGAGGUUCCCUCCCUCCCGUACGAGCUCCUGUCCGCCAUCGCGGCCCAUUUGCGUCCGCGCGACCUCCCGUCGCUCGCUCGUGCCAGUCGCACGCUCAACGCCGCGUCCGAACCGGUGUUAUACUGCACAUUAUCCUCCACCUCCCUCCGCCCGCGCGCGAUGUGCGCCGCCCUGCGCAGCGUCCGGAAGAGAGGGAGGGGCGCGUGCGUGCACGAGCUCUCGCUGGAUCUAUCGUGUUGGACGAAGAAAGUCGCGGGGAAGGAGCGAGGACUGCUGUUGAGGGGUUUUGGGACGCUUGUCCAGGACGCAAUAAGAGGGAUGCACAACUUGGAGAGGGUGACGAUGUUGGGGUUCGGAAGCAGGAUGACGAGGGCGGCGGUGGACGGGUGUGACGCGAGGCUGAGAGUGCUUAUGGGAGAUGUCAUGCCGGAGGUGCGGUGGUUAGAGGAGCAGCGGAUGCUGGAGGUGCUCGUCCUCGUUGACAAGGAGAGGAGGAACGAGAAGGCGGAGUUGCGUGUGUCGGACGCCGCGCUGCCCCGGCUGAGGAUCUUGUGCGCGGGUGCGGAUGUCGUGAGGCAGCUCUCGCUUGGACGACCGGCGCUGGAGCAUGUUGCGCAGGAUAUCGCACUCGCGACUGCGUCGAAGGACAAAGAAACGAACGGGGACGCGGACGACCAACGGGUACAGCAUCCGGGGCGUAUGCCGGCAUUGCGCACACUCGGGAUACAGUACCGUGCGGUGGAUGACGCAUGUGUCAUACGCGCCGGGUGUCCGCCGUUCGACGGGAUGGAUGGUGCGGGUCUGUCCUUCGAGGGCGUGACGCGUCUGGAUAUAUACGUGCCGACGUUUCAUCAUUUCGAGGCACUAGCGAGCAUUGCGCCACUCGUGCAGCGCUUCCCGGCGCUGCGCGAGCUCGAGCUCGCUGGCGGACAUUUGUUCGGAACCAUGGAUAGGGAGGCGAUGCGCGUCGCUGCGGAGUCGUGGAGGGCGCAGUGUGGCACACUCCAGGAGGUGGUGUUUAGGGACCGGGCGGACGCGGGCAGGUACAAGAGGAAUGCUGAGGCGAGGGUCUAUGCGUACGAUCAGGAUGAGGGUGGGAUAAGGAGGGACGAGCGCGCGGAUGGGCGGUGGAUGGAAGCAGGAGGAGAGUAUGAAUAUUGGGCGGAUAGGAUGAUCUGGGCGGUGAGGAGAUAA